AUGGGAUGUUCGACAUCCAAAUUGGACAAUGAAGAGGUUGUGCAACUUUGUAAAGAUAGGAAGGAGUUCAUCAAACAAGCUGUUGAGCAUAGAAGGAGAUUUGCCUAUGGGCACAUUGCUUAUAUCCAGUCCAUGAAAAAAGUUUCUGCUGCUCUACGAGAUUAUAGUGAAGGAGAUGAACCCCGGAGUUCUUGUGGGAAUCCAUCAGUUUCUGUUGAGGAGCAGCCUCAAUCACCGGAAACUGUUAGAAUUGAAACGUACUCCCCAGUCAAUCAAUAUGGGAUGGAUGGGUAUUUCGGAAUGCAAUCCUCGCCCAUGAAUUUCUUCCAUUAUUCCCCUAACAAUAGACCCAACUUUCCUCCCUCUUCCCCUCAAACUUCACAAUGGGAUUUCUUCUGGAACCCAUUUUCAUCAUUAGAUUAUUAUGGCUAUCCCAACAGGAGCAGUAUGGAUCAGACUAUUUUGGAUGAUGAGAUCAAUGGGCUAAGGCAGGUUAGAGAAGAAGAAGGGAUUCCCGAAUUAGAAGAAGAAACUGAACAAGAAGAGACUGACAAUAGAGUAAAUAGGACAGAGGGCAGAGCUAAAGUUGAAGUAAAUUGCACUAGAGAAGAAGUUACUGUUGAAGAUGUUGAUGACGAUGAUGAUGACGAUGAGGAUGGCUGUGAAGAUGCAGAUAGUGGAAAUGAUACUGAGCAUGAAGUGAAAGGAUUCCAAUGCCAUGGCAGUCAGAGCAUGGAAGUAUCCAAUGCACAAAAAAUUGCACAAGUCAGCAAUCAAGAAACAGCAGUUGGUGAUCGACAAGCUAAUGAGGAAACACCAGGGUUUACAGUUUAUGUAAAACGGAGGCCAACAAGCAUGGCUGAAGUAAUCAAGGAUCUGGAAGCUCAGUUUGCAAUUGUUUGUAAAUCAGCAGAUGAGGUAUCUGCUAUGUUAGAGGCUAGCAGGGCUCAGUACACAUCAACAUCAACUGAACUCUCAGGUUCGAUAACGCAAGCCAAAUAG